AUGCACAUUUACCCGGCCCAUGAAAAAUUGUGUCCUGCUAAAGCAUUCUUUGUGUUAAGCAUGAGUUAUAUUGCGGGCGAGAACGUGCACUUUGACUACGAAGGGCACUCGGUCCGCAUGAAACCGCAAGCGAGAACCCAUGCUGGCGCAAAAGUGAAGGUCCAGGUCCAGCUCAACAACGAGAAAGACGAGUAUCCGGAGUCGAGGGUUAUCAAGAUAGGCGAGAACGGCGACGUUGUGGUGAGCGAGCUGAGCGAGCUGAGCUCGGCGGACGCGCACAGCCACUCCGAGCACAGCGACGACGAGUACUGCCACUCGUGCGACCACGACAACUGCUCCGAGCACUUUGAGGACUACGACGAGGACUACGACGAGUGCGUGCACCACCGGCCGCCCACGGCACACGAAAAGAUGUACUGGAGCAGCACGCUGCCGAGCGUGGAGGAGCGCGAGCAGGUGCGGCAAUUCUGGACGCAGCUGGACGCGCAGAAGCGCCGCGAUCUGCUCAACGUCGAGUACAGCGAGGUGUACAAGGUUGUGCACGAGAACCCGCCCGGGUGCAACUGCCAGGGCUGCAGCGGGCCGAAAAAGGCGUUUGAGCGCGACCUGGAGAAGCUGUACCACGCGAUGCGCAUGACUGCGAACGAGGAUCUCGAGCUGAGCUCUGCGCUCGUGCACGAGAUGCUGGGGCUCGAGGACCCGAAGCCGGCGCCCACGACGAUCCAGGACAUCGGCCGUGUGGCGGACGACAUCCUGAACAACAACGGCAGCUCGUUCAUCGACCUGGUGGAGCAGCUGGACGAGGAGCGCGGCGCGCGACCCGACGACGGCGACGGCGACGACGAAUACGACUACGAGGAGGAGUACGAGCUCGAGAGCGAGCGGCAGCGCAAGCAGCUGCACAACGCGUACCGGUAUCUGCAGGUGGUGAUUGCGCGGAUCAUCAGCGGGCGGCUGGUGGCUGCGUACAAGGAGAAGGUGGCCGAGGACAGCACGCGGCAGCUGAUCGAGGAGCUGGAGGCAGAGGAGCGCCGCAAGAAGGAGAAGGAGGAGAAGGAGCGCCGCAAGAAGGAGAAGCUCAAGGAGAAGAAGCGGCUGCAGCAGCUGGCGAAGGAGGAGGAGCGCCGCAAGCGCGAGGAGGACAAGCUCGAGCAGGAACGCAUACACCAGGAGGAGAUGCGGCGCAAGACGGAGGAGGGCCGCCGGCGCAAGGAGGAAGAGCGACGCAGGCGCGAGGAAGAGCAGCGGCGGCGCGAGGAGGAGCAGCGGCGGCGGCGCGAGGAGAAGCAGCGCAAGGAGGAGGAGAAGCGUCGCGAGAAGGAGCGGCAGGAGCGCGAGGCCAGCGUGGACGGGGCCGAGAACGGCAGCGCUCCGGCGCCGACAAACGGCUCUCACGAGCCGGCAAACGGCGCCGUCUCCGCCGCCCCCGUGCAGUACUCCGCCGAACAGCUCAGCCAGCUGCUCUCCAAACUCAACAUCCCUGUCGAGAAGCCGGCCCGCGAGCCAGUGCCCGCCACACCGCCGUCCCAGAACCCGCCUCACAGCCUGUUCGACUUCCCGCAACCGCAGCUGCCCCCCCUCGAGGUGCCGCAGCUGUCCUCGCUGGACCUGUUCCCAGACCCGCUCACACAGCUCAAGCAGCCGUUCCCGUCCAUCAGCAGCUCCAUCUGGGACCUGCCAGCGUCGCAAAAGUCCAUCUGGGGCACCUCCUCCAUCUGGUCCAAACCGUCUGCGCUAUCGCCCGCACAGAUCGAGGCAGUGCAGAUCGAAACGAUCAAGGCAACUGCAACGCUGGUUGCAGAUAACCAGUGUUAUCCGGCAAAUUUACUCUAUGCAUGCACCCGUCAGGCAAUGCUGUCCCUGUACGGCCUGGACCUGACAAUGGAUCAAUUCGCAGACAGUCUGGCGUCAAAGGUGAGCCAGAAGCUGGGCGUCGCGUUCGAAGUCAUCUACGACGAACUGGCAACGCCCGCGUUGGUGAAAGUGUCGCCCGUCCCGACGGGCGCGAGCUUAAAUACGUGGAAUAUCGGGUUUUAA